GAGUCCUUCGUGGAUCUGGAUCUCGACCUGAAGGAACUCGGAGGAGAUUUGACUUGGACUCAAGCCCUGGAUGACACCCAGGUGACUCAAUACAAUGUGUACCUCGGCAUCGACUGCAUCGAGAACGUUACGACACUUGCCGAGAAUCAAUGUGUUCGACUAGUUCUCGACCAAUCAAGGAGCGAUGCGAUACUGAACUUUAUGUCCCAUUGUGUGAGAGGUCGCGACUGCCAUGAGGGCGGCUUUGGCGAGGUACCUGCUUCGGUGCUCUAUGUCACCGUCCGUCAGGCCUGUGCUUCGUUGGGCAGCGUCUGUAGGAGCUACAAGUACAGCCUGCAAGUCUACCCACACUGGCCCGAAUUUACCAAGUCCGAUUUUUGCUGCUUCACUAGUGGCCACGGCAAGCGCAGUGGCUGCCGAUACUGGACUGCCAUGGUUGUGGAGUUGGUAGCCGCGGGCGUGGACAGUGCAGUGGUUGCCACCUCCUUGGUUGUGGUCAAUUUCGCCAGAGUCACAGUUCAGCUAGUCGGAGCAGACCAGCUGCCGUCCGUGCUCCCGAGCUUCAGCACUGUGUUCAACGUGACGAACGAGACAGAGGAUGAUGUGGUGGACAUCGACAACGACAGCAGUGCAGUUCGAACCACUUUGACCACAACCGACACGGGGGAGGACACGGAUGCGGCAUGGCUGCACUGUGGAACGACCUGUCGCAGCAUUUCCCUGGACACAAUUACAUCCCCAACCUUUGUGGUCAACGAGACGGAUGUGGGCGAAGAUUCGGAUGUGCCUGCGCGAAGACUCAGCUCUGUGGGCUCCAAUGCCACGGAGGUCUCUGACAGCCAAGAGCUCAUCGCAUUGCUGAACUUCACGAGAACUCGGCUGAUUUUCUGUGCACAGAGGCAACUGCUUGGAUCACUGCCGAUGCAAGCCACUACGUUUCAUGUGCCGGCAGAGACGCAACUAGGUAAUGCAACGCACCUGCUGAUCUACGCUGAAUCAGCAUAUGCUGAGUCCAGCAUCGCAUCGGGCGGCACUCGGGUUGAGGACGCGGAGGCGAGUGUCGUCAACGUCACCUUCGCGGAUGAGGACCUGGAUGUGAGUCAGCUCGGAGGAUAUAUUCGUUGGGG